AAAUAUAUUAUACCCAUAUUUAUUUUACUUGCAUAUGCCACGCAGAAAGAAAGUGAGAUGGGUAGGUUCGAGUUUUAUAAAGUGACUCAUUGCAAGAAUGGGUUUUGGACUUCUGAUGGUGCUGAAAAGAAUUAUAAUGAAAUGAUGACACUAAAGAACCAGCCUGUGCCAGAACGUGAGACACCUAUGACAGAGGAUCAGAUAUGUGACAAAGUCCUUGGUCGUGCAAUAGGAUAUGUACGUGGUCCUGGCUACGGAGUGAGACCCGACACAUCAAUCAAGGUAGCACAUGCCAUGCGUGGACAACUACAAGAAUGUACAAAGAGAGCAGACGAGGCCGAACGAAGGGCAGACGAGGCAGAACGAAGGGCAGAGGUAGGUGAAAGAAGGGCAAAAGAAUUAACUGAGGAGGUCAUCUCUCAACGGUCUACCAUCGACUCUUUGACUAUGAAAACAAAUCGCCUAGAGUCAUUAUACGAAAAACUUGCCUCAAGAAUGGACAUGGGGAAUUCACCUGCAUCAACUUGAUUUUGCGGAUUCUGGGGGUGUUCAGCAGCCAAUUUGAUGGACUUUUGAGUUGGAAUAUUGGUACCGGAGAUGAACUAUGAUAUUACUUUUUGGCAGAAUGGAGCAUGGAGUCACUUUUUGCAGUUGUUCAGAACUAACUUGGACUUGGUUACAGCUUGGAGUAUGAAGUCCACUUUUUGUUACUUUAUCAUAGACUUUACCUAGUAUUUAUAGUUUUAGAUGUGGUGUUACUAAACACAUAUUGGAAAACAAGUACGUUGUGGAAUUUGUAGUUUUUGGGGAUGGUUGAUGACUGUUGCUUUUGAGAAACAUAUAUAUUAUGUGGUUAUUAAUGUUGUCAAGGAUUUUAUUGUUAA